GAGGCGGUGGCGGCCGCGGGCGGUGGGAGGAGCCGCGUGGUUCCGGCUGCCCGGGCGAGGCGACCCUUGGGUCCGCGCCGCGGGCGGGAGCGCAGGUAGAGGAGCGGCGCGCCGUGGCUCCGGGGAGGCUCAGGCAGCGGAGGCACCCCCGCGCGCCCCCAGCCCCCUCGGCCUCCGGCGUCGAGGCGGGGGAGCCAGGAGAUGCCGACCCAGAGGGACAGCACUACCAUGUCUCACCCGAUCGCGGGCGGCGGCUUCGGGGACCAUGCUCACCAGGUCCGGGUGAAAGCCUACUACCGCGGGGAUAUCAUGAUAACACACUUUGAACCUUCCAUCUCCUUUGAGGGCCUUUGCAAUGAGGUUCGAGACAUGUGUUCUUUUGACAAUGAACAGCUUUUCACCAUGAAAUGGAUCGAUGAGGAAGGAGACCCGUGUACAGUAUCAUCUCAGUUGGAGUUGGAAGAAGCCUUUAGGCUUUAUGAGCUAAACAAGGAUUCUGAACUCUUGAUUCAUGUAUUUCCUUGUGUACCAGAACGUCCUGGAAUGCCCUGUCCAGGAGAAGAUAAGUCCAUCUACCGCAGAGGUGCACGCCGCUGGAGAAAGCUUUAUUGUGCAAAUGGCCACACUUUUCAAGCCAAGCGUUUCAACAGGCGUGCCCACUGUGCCAUCUGUACUGACCGGAUAUGGGGACUUGGACGCCAGGGAUAUAAAUGCAUCAACUGCAAACUCUUGGUUCAUAAGAAAUGCCACAAACUUGUCACAGUUGAAUGUGGGCGACAUUCUUUACCACCGGAACCAAUGAUGCCCAUGGAUCCGUCAUCCAUGCACUCAGACCAUGCACAAACAGUAAUUCCAUAUAAUCCUUCAAGCCAUGAGAGUUUGGACCAAGUUGGUGAAGAAAAGGAGGCAAUGAACACCAGGGAAAGUGGCAAAGCAUCAUCCAGUCUAGGUCUUCAGGAUUUUGAUUUACUCCGGGUAAUAGGAAGAGGAAGUUAUGCCAAAGUACUGUUGGUGCGAUUAAAAAAAACAGAUCGUAUCUAUGCAAUGAAAGUUGUGAAAAAAGAGCUUGUCAAUGAUGAUGAGGAUAUUGACUGGGUACAGACAGAGAAGCAUGUUUUUGAGCAGGCAUCCAAUCAUCCUUUUCUUGUUGGGCUGCAUUCUUGCUUUCAGACAGAAAGCAGAUUGUUCUUUGUCAUAGAGUAUGUAAAUGGAGGAGAUCUAAUGUUUCAUAUGCAGAGACAAAGAAAACUUCCUGAAGAACAUGCCAGAUUUUACUCUGCAGAAAUCAGUCUAGCAUUAAAUUACCUUCAUGAACGAGGGAUAAUUUAUAGAGAUUUGAAAUUGGACAAUGUAUUGCUGGACUCAGAAGGACACAUUAAACUCACUGACUACGGCAUGUGUAAGGAAGGAUUACGGCCAGGAGAUACAACAAGCACUUUCUGUGGUACUCCAAAUUACAUUGCUCCUGAAAUUUUAAGAGGAGAAGAUUAUGGUUUCAGUGUUGACUGGUGGGCUCUUGGAGUACUAAUGUUUGAGAUGAUGGCAGGAAGGUCUCCAUUUGAUAUUGUUGGGAGCUCUGAUAACCCUGACCAAAACACAGAGGACUAUCUCUUCCAAGUUAUUUUGGAAAAACAAAUUCGAAUACCACGUUCUCUGUCUGUAAAAGCUGCAAGUGUCCUGAAGAGUUUUCUCAACAAGGACCCAAAGGAACGAUUGGGUUGUCAUCCUCAAACAGGAUUUGCUGAUAUUCAGGGACACCCGUUCUUCCGCAAUGUUGACUGGGAUAUGUGAUAUUGUGAAGAAGAUUGAUCAGUCUGAGUUUGAAGGCUUUGAGUACAUCAAUCCUCUUUUGAUGUCUGCGGAAGAAUGCGUCUGAUCCUCGUUUCUCAACUGUGCAUUUUGCUCGUGUUGCCAUUUAAUGCAUGGAAAACUCAUUACCAGCCUGGAUAUGAUGAACCAUUUGAUAUUUGCCAACUACAAAAAAGCGCUCAAUAACUUGUAUUUGUUGACUGUAAGAGUCAAUUAUUACAUAUAAAUUUAGCUAUGGGAAAAAAAAGAGACUAGUUUCCAGACAAUCGUGUCAAAAUUCAUUUAUACUGGUAGUCUAGCAGCCUACUGAUGAGUAACAAAGUUGUCUUUUUCCUUUGAAGAAACUACUUACCACUGCUUUUAAAAAGAGUGUCUGUUGCAUUAAGGCACAUGGUGGUAUUACAUCAUAAGCCUCUCUGUGAUUUUUGUCAUACUUCUUUUUAAGUAUUUAAUUUUGGAAUAAAAAGAUUAAUUCAAAAUAUA